AUGCCGGAUACAGCAAGCUCAGUCUCGCUCGCUCUGUGCACCUUGUACAUGGUACUGUACCUCGCUCCUUUUGCCGCCUGUCAUUGUCGGAAGUCCUGGCUCUUGACUCCAGUUUGGCCGGGCCCAGGACAGGGGAGGCAGGCACCACCGACAGAACACGGGCAGCAGGCAGCGGGCAGCAGGCAGUGGGCAGCGGGCGCGACGAGCAAUCGACGAACCCGAACGACACACGAGGGGCAUUCACGACAACGGGCAGCGGGCAGGGGCCAUGGUGCAGGGGUGAAUGGACACGAGCCGGGGGGGCAGGGGUGGCCCAGACUGAAGAAGGCGAAGCAUGGCUCUCUGGGCGUUGGUGCUAGUCGCUGUCCAGAAGGUCUGCCUUGGCUGUCUCCGCUCACCUGCCGCCAGAGACCUGCCGUCGCCGUCACAUCCACCUCGACAGUCACCGACAAGGCCAAGGCCAAGGCCACGACCACGGCCACGGCCAACGGCACCGUCCGCUGCUUGACCUGA